UUUUCUUCCACUUGAACGACCAAGUAGUUUUUCAGGGCGCAUUCCCCGGCAGCAAUGUGGAGGGAAAGGGCGAGCACGUCCAGCUGAACAUAUUUUUUUUCUCCUCUUUUUAUACUUUUGCAUCGGCUUUGUUUUUUGUAACCAUUAUUGUUAAAUUCCUCUUUUUAUACACAUCCCGAGUUUCUAAACUUUGUCAGCGAAUCGUCGCCUUCUGUGUGAGGAAAAGAGGGCGAGUUAGAAGUGGAGGAAAAAACUGCAGCCAGACCGUCUCGUGUUUUUUUUUCUCCUCCUUCUUCUUUUUUCUCUCUCUCUCUGACUCCAGCCAUUGUUUUUUUUUUUUCUUUUUUUUUCCUCACACAUGGAUUAUUAGGAGAUGAAAUCGGACGUGUUCGCUUGCUCGGACUGGUAGUUUAUGUGGUCCCCGGGCUCUGUAGGAGGAGGAGAGACGGUCCCAUUCCUCAGCAGCACAACAAGGAGACGCGCACAGGGGCCACAAGUUGUCCACAGGCUGCGAAGGAGGCGAAACUUUGCCAAGUUGCUGCGCAUCCGGCCGCUGACGCCAAACAUCCACCAGCGAUAUCUGUUGUGACUGUGUUUUUUAAAAAAACAAACAAACUGUGGAUUAUCUUUUUAUUAUUAUUAUUAUUUUUUUUUUAAACUGCGACGCUCGCCAUGGACCACGAGAUCCCGAUCAGAGGAUGAAAAGGGAGUUCUGAAAACAUGAACACUUUCUUGUAGUUAGUCGAGCCCGAUACUCCACGUUUGGACUACACCGACCUGAUUAGGGAAGAAGGAAAAAAAACUCAAUUCUUCUCGCGAUUGUUGUUGUUGUUUUUUUUUUUGUUUUGGUUGGUUUCUUUCAGUCUUUCUUUCUCUCCUCGUCACUGCGAUCUUGCAAACAUGCCACAGUUGAACGGAGGCGGCGGGGACGAUUUGGGGGCCAACGAUGAGAUGAUCUCUUUUAAAGACGAAGGGGAGCAGGAGGAAAAGAUAUCCGAGAACGUAUCGGCGGAAAGGGAUUUGGAUGAUGUGAAAUCCUCCCUGGUGAACGAGUCGGAGAGCUCAUCAGACUCGGAGCAGGCGGAGAGGCGCCCCCAAACCAGACCCGACACAGAAAGUUACGAGAAAGCGAGGGACUACUUCAGUGAAGCGCUCAGAAGGCAGCAAGAUGGUGGCUUUUUUAAGAGCCCUCACUAUCCUGGCUACCCGUUCCUCAUGAUCCCAGACCUCACCAACCCGUACCUAUCCAACGGUUCACUGUCCCCGAGUGCGAGAACAUACCUGCAGAUGAAAUGGCCUCUUUUGGACGUCCCUGGAUCUGCAGGACUAAAAGACUCCCGCUCACCAACACCGGGACAUUUAUCCAACAAAGUUCCCGUGGUGCAGCACGCCCACCACGUCCACCCGCUGACGCCCCUCAUCACCUACAGCAAUGAACACUUCUCCCCCGGCACGCCGCCGUCACACCUCUCCCCAGAGAUCCUCGACCCAAAGACAGGUAUUCCUCGGACACCUCACCCAUCAGAGCUCUCUCCAUACUACCCCCUGUCUCCCGGGGCUGUUGGUUCCAUCGCACACCCCCUGGGCUGGCUCAUGCAACAGCAGGGCCAGCCCAUGUACUCCAUCCCUCCGGGGGGAUUCCGUCAUCCCUAUCCGGCGCUAGCAAUGAAUGCAUCCAUGUCCAGCUUGGUGUCGAGCCGCUUCUCCCCUCACAUGGUGACUCCGCCGCCGCACAGCCUCCACCAGACCGGCAUCCCCCACCCCGCCAUCGUCUCGCCGGCCAUCAAGCAGGAGCCCAGUGGUGACAUGAGUCCCUCAAUGCAUGCCAGGAAGUCCCCGGUCCCUCCGAAGAAAGAAGAGGACAAGAGGCCUCAUAUCAAGAAACCUCUGAAUGCUUUCAUGCUGUAUAUGAAGGAGAUGAGAGCCAAAGUAGUGGCAGAGUGCACUCUGAAGGAGAGCGCUGCCAUCAACCAGAUCCUUGGAAGACGGUGGCAUUCCCUGUCAAGAGAGGAGCAAGCCAAAUACUACGAGCUGGCCAGAAAAGAGAGGCAACUCCACUCCCAGCUCUAUCCAGGAUGGUCAGCACGAGAUAACUACGGAAAGCGGAAAAAGAGGAAGAGAGACAACAAACCUGACUCAAAACCAGAAGACUUCUCGAUAAGGAGCAAGAAGCAGUGCGUGCAGUACCUGCCCUCGGAGAAGAUGUGUGACAGCCCCGCGUCGUCCCACGGCAGCAUGCUGGACUCGCCAGCCACUCCCUCCGCGGCCUUGGCCUCGCCGGCUGCUCCCGCCGCCACUCACUCGGAGCAGGCCCAGCCGCUGUCGCUCACCACCAAGCCGGAGGGACGCAUGCACCACCACUUCUCCCUCGCCGGGAAGGCUUCUGGAUCCACAUCCUCCUCCUCCUCCUCUUCCUCCUCUUCCUCCUCCUCCUCCCAGCCCAUCUCCAUCCCAAUUGGUACUUCAGGUAGCCAGCCGACCACACCCAUCCUCACCCGGCCAAUCCCCUUCGCCUCCCUGCACCACUCCAUGCUCUCCCCUCCCUCCCCCUUCCAUCAGGCAGCCCUUCACUCCCAUCAUGCCCUGUUCCAGUCACAGCCCCUCUCCCUGGUUACCAAACCAACCGAAUGAAUCCGCUGAGGCAAUUUUCUCCCAUUUAUUGUGCUGUAUAUUGCUUUUCUUUUAAAUAGCUAUUAGAACAACUUUUUUUCUAAAUAAUGAAAAGGAAGAAAUGUUAUUGGUCAAUAUUUGACCGUCUCCUUUUCUACAUCUCUCAAAUGAAAAACAAAAUGUAUUUUUUGUAAAGUUUACUGCAGAACUGGUUUCUUUUUUUUUUUUGAUGCAUUUAUCCAAUGAACCUCUUGUAUAAAAGAACCAAUGUACAUAAAGUUUCUUUAUAAAAACAAAAAAGAAACAAAAACACGUUUUCUUUUUAGCCAAAACCUGAUUAAUGUUAGUAUUAAGUUUAAGUCAUAGUACUGGCCAAUAAUUGCAGCCCCCUUUUCAAUUCACGAGUGUGUGCCCCUUCUUUGACAUGUUAAAUAAACAUUUGAAAUUG